AUGGCGAAUCCAAGGCAGCGUCGUAAGACUCGCUCCUCUUCAUACAAGCCUGUGAAACAUUCCAGUCGGGCAAAGACGCUACUCAAAAAACAACCACCAAUCCGUGGUCCAAAAGUUCUUCAGGACGCUUGGGAUUCCAAGAAGACAGUCCGACAAAAUUAUACUGCACUUGGUCUUGCAGCAUCGUUCAAACCACAGGCAUCCGGAGGAGUAGAAGGUGCGAAGACACGAAAAGGGCUUAAUGAAGGCCAUGAUAUCACGACUCCAGAGGAGCCAUCUACUUCAACACGGAAAGACACGAAGAAGGGUGUCCCCAAGGGUCAUGCUCGCAUUAUACGUGACUCGGAUGGGAACGUCGUGGGAAUAGAGGAGGCAGAAGCAGAGGACGAAGAGAUGGAGGAGUCGGACUCUGAUCAAUUAAUUGAGGACAAGGCGUCGAGGUUAGAUCUAGAUACAAUGGAGUGGGUUACGAUGGGUCGUGAGGCAGGAAAAGAAUUGUCUGAAACGACUGUUGAGACAGUCUCGUCGUUACCCCGGCCGAAUCCGCGGUCUGCGUCGUCGAGUGAGAGGACGUACCUUGAGCGGCUGGUUUCAAAGUACGGGCAAGACGUCGACGCCAUGGCACGAGAUCGCAAACUCAAUCCGACUCAGUUUACGGCUGGCCAGUUGGGCAGGGCGAUACGGAAGUCCGGGGGGUUUGCAAAGUUCGGUGUCGUUUCAUAA